CCAUCAGGUUCUAGUCAGCUUCCUCCCGCUGUGUCAUGGAGGGAAAUAAACCGUUUACAGACUCAUGUUGCAGAAGCCACAUUUUUAAGUUAUAUUUCAUUUCAUUAAACUCAGACUGAGGGCUGAAGUUAUGUGUGUUCAGAUACUUUAUGCGACUGCUUUUUAAAGGAUUUCAGAGAUUUGAUUAGCAGACAGACGUUGGGAGAGAGGAGGAGGAGGAGGGAUUUCCGGACCCUGUGUAGAAAAAAAGAAAAAAGAGAGAGAGAGAGAAAAAAAACUUUUUUCCUUCAGUUUCCAUGAGAUGUAGGAGGAGGUUGGGAGAAGGAGGGGGCUGGAAAUUCCUGUCAGGCUGCGGGCCAGGCUGGAGGGAGGUUCCUGUUACUUCUCAUGGAGUCUGCUUCUUUCUACAGGUCUGAAAAUGAAAUGUACUAAAAAAGACCUGGACUUUGUGGCAGCGGACAAACUUCUUCCCACGGAGACCUCCUCCGACUGAUCGGCGGCGUUGCUGGGAGGUGUUGGGAUUAACGCGAACCGAGGGGCCGAAGGAAUGUUUUCCUGACUUUAAGGACCGGAGAAGUCCACCGAAGAAGUUCUGCAGAAGGGCAUUUGGACCGACAUUGGGAGUUUGUCCUUCCAUGCUCUUGGUGGACGGUGUGAGACAGAGAUGAGGGCUGCAGCUGAAGAGUUGUCCGGCAGCAACAACAGUGGAGGAGGUGGUGGCAGCACGGUCCUGCAGAGACUCCUUCAGGAGCAAAUCAACCGGAAUUAUGUACUGCAGCAGCAGCAGCAACAGUCUGGAGGAGGAGGUGGAGGAGCAGGUGGUGGAGGGGGUUACUCAGUGCAAGGACAGGUAAACUCACCUGAUGAUCACUCCAUGACCGCCCACAUUGCGCGGCAGGAACCCCAGGGACAGGAGCUGCAGACAGAUAGCGGUCUGGAGAAGCUGGGCUCCACCAGAGUGGGAGGAGGAGGCGGUAGUACUGGAGGUGGGGGGUGCGUGGGGACUUGUGGAGGAGGUACAGGUGGAGCAGGUGGAAACACCGAAGAGCAGUGCUCAAACCCUGAAGACCUCCCCACCUAUGAAGAGGCCAAAGUGCAGUCACAAUACUUCCGCGGUCACGGCCCCCCACCUCAGCCUCAGCAGCAGAGCAGCCCGGCCCAGCAGCUCCCUCUGCCGGCCUCUGUCGGCGCAGCCUUCUACGUCACCGGGAUGAACAGCGCCAAGGUGCGCACUGAGGGCCGUCCCACACUGCAGCGGGUCAGCGGUGCGGGGAGGGUGCACCAAGAUGACGGACUCAAAGACCUGAAGCAGGGACACGUUCGGUCCCUCAGCGAGCGUCUCAUGCAGCUGUCUUUGGCCACCAGCGGGGUGAAGACUCAUGCUCCAGUCAGCAGCUCCCCACUAUCGCCACAGCUGCCCCCUCCAGGCCAGCCCAGUGAUUACUACAAACCCCAGCACCGUGGCCCACCCCCAGACUACCCCUUCAAAGGAAUGAGCUCUCCUGCAAAACAGCAGGACAUAGGGGGCCAUUUUUACCCAGAACAGAGAGGAAGGGAACACUCGCGGGAGAUGCCGACUGUACGAUACCAGCCCCCACCUGAGUAUGGCUCAUUCAGAUCCAGUAAGGAGGGUUUGGGUCACUACCAGAGGUCCAUACACCAGCACAGUCCCACAUCCUCUGUUACCUCCAUUGGCUCCCUGUCUCGUGCCCAGUCCUCCACUCUCAGCAGCAUGCUCGCUGCCUCCCACUCCUCACAUCCCUCCUUUCCACACCAACCUGCCCAGAGUCAGGGAGAACCAUUCCCUAUAAUGGGGCCUCGUAGUUCACAGGGCACGAGCUCUCACCAAGUAGUGGAACCAGUCACACCAGGAGGCAGCCAUCCUGGACCACAGAGGGUCCAUACUUUUCCUCCUGAUCCCUACGGCUCCACCCCGAGGUUGCACCAUCAUCAUCAGCUGCAUCAUCCCUAUCAACAGCAGCAGUUCCAUGGACCUCCGCAGCCCCAGCUGUCCAUUCAGACUGGACACUUUCCCCUACCACACUCCAGCCCCCACCUGCAAGGGGAGCCCUAUGCUGUCAUGGCUCGUGCCCAGCAGAUGGUGGAUGUGCUGACGGAGGAGAAUAGGAUGCUGAGGCAGGAGAUGGAGGCGUUUCGUGAAAAGGUCACCAAGCUGCACAAGUUGGAAACGGAGAUCCAGCUGGUGUCAGAAGCUUAUGAAAACCUAGCUAAGUCCUCGUCAAAGAGGGAGGCCCUGGAGAAAACUAUGAGGAACAAAUUGGAGCUAGAAGUUCGUCGACUUCAUGACUUCAACAGAGAUCUCAGAGAGCGUAUGGAGACGGCAAAUAAGCAGCUCGCUUCUAAAGAGUGUGAUGGCUCAGAGGACAACCGCAAAACCAUCUCCCAGCUGCUUGCACAGAAUAAAGAAAUGCAGCGUGAAAAGGAGAAAUUGGAAAUGGAGUUGAAUGCACUGCGCUCCACCACCGACGACCAGAGGAGACACAUAGAGAUCCGAGAUCAGGCCCUCAACAACGCCCAGGCCAAAGUGGUCAAACUGGAGGAGGAGCUGAAGAAAAAGCAGGUUUAUGUGGAGAAAGUGGAAAGGAUGCAGCAGGCGCUGGCUCAGCUACAGGCAGCAUGUGAGAAAAGAGAACAACUUGAACACCGACUCCGAACAAGACUGGAAAGAGAACUGGAGUCACUUCGCAUGCAGCAGCGGCAGGGAAGCUCUCAGAACAACAGCACAGUGCCAUCUGAAUAUAACGCCACAGCCUUAAUGGAGCAUCUACGAGAAAAAGAAGAGCGUAUUCUGGCUCUGGAGGCUGAUAUGACCAAGUGGGAGCAGAAGUACUUAGAGGAGAGUGUGAUGAGACAGUUUGCCCUGGAUGCUGCCGCAUCUGUUGCAACUCAGAGGGAUACAUCUGCAGCAGGGAUCAGCCACUCCCCCAGCAGCAGCUACGACACCUCGGUGGAGGCUCGGAUUCAGAAGGAGGAAGAAGAGAUCUUAAUGGCCAACCGGCGCUGCCUGGACAUGGAGAGCAGAAUAAAGAAUCUCCAUGCUCAGAUUAUUGAGAAGGAUGCAAUGAUCAAGGUGCUCCACCAGCGCUCCAGGAAAGAACCCAUCAAGUCAGAAGCACCAUCUGCCAUGAGGCCUUCCAAAUCCCUGAUGUCCAUCUCCAACUCUGGCUCCGGUGGUUCAGGGCUGCUUUCUUACAGCCUCGGAUUGAGUAGUUCACCAAUCACUGAAGAACGCAAGGACACCAGCUGGAAGGGCAGUCUGGGGGUUCUGCUGGGUCCAGAAUGUCGCACAGAGUCUCUGAGGACAGAGUCAAUCUCAUCAUCCCCCUCUCCUGUACUGUCUUCGACUCCAAUGACUGCAGGCCACUCAAAGACGGGCAGCAGGGACAGCUGCAUGCAGACCGACAAGGCUCAGGACACCAGCAAACCCAACACCCCAGCCCCUCAGAGUAUGACGCUGCCAGCCAUCCUGUCCAGUCCCAGUCCAGUUUACAUCCCUGACCGUUUAGCAGAUGUACCAGUAUUUCACAGCAGCACUCUGGAGCGGAGGUUCCCCGUCCAGUCCCACCCAGAGCAACCAGCCCAUCCUCCAGUUCCACCAGCCCAACAGGAGGUCGACACAGACAUGGUGGAGAUCCUGAUUUGAUCCCAUAAUCAAGAAAACAAAAAUCCAUGAACCAAAUAAAUGAUUGGAUGGCAGCUCUGUCAUGAAAGUAAGCCAUACUCCCAACAGCUCUGUCUCCAUUGACAAAUGUGCUCCAAAACCAUUUUAACUUAGUGUUUUCCCAAAUUUGUUACUAUUCUACAUUUCCAACCAGACUGAGGACCGGUACCAGUGUUGUUGAAGCAGCUUUCCUAAUUAAAUGGCAUGUUUAAUGUUUAUAGCUUCGUAUUUAUUUUCCAAUUACACCUUCCUUCAAUUCUUUUGAGACUUUCUUGUUCCAUGUAAAUGCAAAAGUUGCUAAAAAUAUAAAAAUAAUUUUUAUUUUUUAAUAUAUCACAUAUAAACUCAGCAAAAAGUCUGUAAAUGAGUGUAUGUUGGAUUAUUUCUUUGUUGUAAAAUUACUUAUUGGUAAUAAAUCUGAUAUCGUUGGAAUGACUGUUAAUUGCCCUUUUAAAAUUUAGCUUUCAACCCUGCUGCUCGUCCCACAAAUGCAUUUUCCUUACAAAUGCGGCUUCAUUUAAAAGCAAAAUAAACUUUCCAGGAGUAGAGAAUUUAUAACCAAGAAGCAUUGUUACACUAAAGAAAUAAUCCACCAAACAAUAAUUUACUGAGUUUUCUGCUGUUAUAUAAAUUAAGUCUCUAUAAACUGACAGAAUUAGACGAUGAUGAGACCUAACAAUUCUCAUUACAGAGCAAAACUACUUUCACACACAAAUGUCUAAACAUGUUUUAAGUCUUGUGCAUUCAUUCAAGAUAAAGGGUUCCUCUGUCAUGCAUGAUGUUUAACCACUUUUUGUGGAUCAGUAGGGUUCAGUGUAACCCAAGUAUGCAGACAGUUACAGCAAUAACUUGCAAAGUAAUGCUUUUCCCCCACAACAUUCAAAAUAAGUGACGGUGUUAAACGCUAUUAGAGAAAGCUGCUUGUUUCUGAGUAAUUGGAAUAAAGAUUAUUGUUGUAAAUGGAAAAUUUGGUGAGAUUAACUUCAUCGGACCAAAUGUAUUUCUUACAAUUUGUAGCAUUUAUUGCACAAAGUGUUUAUUUUUACAUACAUAUAUCACUUAAUAAUUUCGACUUUAGGUAUGUAUGUGUUAUUGUCAUUUUACUUUAGAUAAACAUGGUACUUAGGCUAUCAGAAAUUAUGUAAACUGUAAUGCUUUAAACCAUUUUGUAAGUUUGAGUGAAUGAGUAAAUGUGUUGUGAGUUAUUCACAUCAUUGAAACGUGUUGAUAACCACUCUGCCAAACAGCUAAAUAAAAUUUGGUUUCAA